AUGGCCAUUGACAUGAUCACUUCUGAGCAGACCACCAUACCGACUCCCAAGCGGGCUGUCAAGAAGUUCACCAGAUCGCUCGCCAUGAUCCGAAAGCCGAAGACGAACUUCUUCUCGCUGCCAGGAGAGCUACGAAACAAGAUCUACCGCUACUCCAUGCCAUCAGGCAAGGGCAUCUCUCUGGAUGGUCAUCGAUUUGGCCAAUUGCUGCUCCACAAGCCGGUGAUCAUCUUCGCAGAAGCAAGACUGUUCCAGGAAGCUGGCUCGAUCUACUUCCUGGACAACACAUUCUGGUUCGAACAAGACACGCUGAAUGUCACAGGCGUCAGCUUGUUCGAAGACAUUCUCGCCAGCCACGCUCCGCGCCUGAAGAAGAUCGGCAUCAGACGCCACUACACCAUUGGCGACAUGAAGCCCAUCGUCAUAAGCUUCAUCGUCGAGAUCAUCAAAGGCCGCAUCACGAUUGUUCGCCCCAGCAACGAAGAGAUCCCCUUCCCUGGCUGCCCCGGCUACGCCAAGUUCCGCUCUCCCUACGCAGAGCCCUGUCGUUGCGAGGUUCGUGCCAUCGCGACACGCCUUGCUCCUCGGCCGAACCACCGCGUCAAUGGCUACGGCCUCUUGCAUUUCUUGAAAUCAACUCGAACAGGUAAAUCCUACUUUUCCUUUCUGUUUUGCGGUUUUCGUGACGUGACGACCGCAUGCGGCAUGCCAGCAGCAACGAGCAAUGAGCACCGAGCAUCGAUAUCGAGCAACCACGAUCGAGCACCGAGCACCGAGCAAUCGAGCAGCAGCAGCAGCAUCGAGCAGAGCAGAUUUCAAGAGAUCAACACUGACAUCCCCGUGGCAAGUCCACGCACAGCGCGCAAGAGCACAAACAUACUUACCCACCCUCUCCACUCCCACGAAGAAACUUCAACACAAUGA